AUGGCUUAUCUUCUCUUGUAUGUGGAUGAUAUUAUCCUCACUGCCUCCAGUGACUCUCUUCUAAAAAGCAUAAUAAAGUCCCUAUCCGCCGAGUUCAACAUGACCGACCUAGGUCAACUGCGUCACUUCGUCGGCAUUACGGUACAUAGAAAACAAAAUGGACUCUUCUUAUCACAGUCCACAUAUGCAGCUGACAUCUUAUCUCGUGCUAACAUGUCAAUAUGUAAUCCGGUUAGCACCCCAGUAGAAGUUGGCUCCAAACUCAGCGCCACUCACGGAACUCCCUUCUCUGAUGGCCCUUUAUACAGGAGUUUAGCUGGCGCCUUGCAGUACCUUACUAUAACACGACCAGACAUUUCCUAUGCAGUUCAACAAGUGUGUCUGUUUAUGCAUGCCCCUAGAGAGCCUCAUUUUCAGUUGUUGAAACGCAUCCUUAGAUACAUCAAAGGGACUCUCUCUCAGGGCCUUCACAUCACACCCUCCCCUAAUACCAAAUUAACCGCCUACUCAGACGCAGAUUGGGGAGGGUGCCCAGAUUCAAGACGAUCUACUUCCGGGUACUGUGUAUAUCUUGGUGACAACCUGAUCUCUUGGUCCGCUAAACGCCAAGCUACAAUCUCCAGGUCUAGUACCGAAGCCGAAUAUCGCGGAGUCGCUAACACGGUAGCCGAGACUUGCUGGAUACGCAACCUCCUAUUGGAACUUCAUGUCCCGAUCCGACAAGCAACCAUUAUAUAUUGUGACAACAUUUCAGCCGUCUACUUAGCUGAAAAUCCGGUGCACCAUCAACGCACCAAACAUGUUGAAUUGGACAUCCACUUUGUGCGUGAGAAAGUUCGUCUUGGUGACAUUAAAGUUCUUCAUAUCCCAGCUGAUUACCAAUAUGCAGAUAUCUUCACCAAGGGCUUACCUAAACACUUGUUUCAACGCUUUCGGUCCAAAAACCCAACCACCGUUAUGCUUGGCUUCGGCGAUAAGCAUGUAGUAGAUGAUGACGCGGCUUUCCAGCCUGGCAUCGAUUAA